UGUCUUCAAGUGAUCAUACUGUCACUCGAUCAUUCUUAGCGUAAUCAGUUGUACCUCAGCGUUGAUCGUGAGCACAUAGAAAUCAUACUAGCCAUACUAGAAAUGCUGAAACCAUUAGUUUUGCUAUCAGUUUGUGUGUUGACGGUGUUCGCUGAUUGCCGAUCAUAUUUACGGAGUAGUGCAUCACACGACAAAGCACCAUUAUGGCUUAAGCCCAAAGGAACAUUGUACGUGCUACAAGAACCCAAGGGAUCGCAUUUUCAAUGGAAUGAAGGAGAGAGCGUUCUUAUCGGUUGUGCCAAUAGCAAAAAUAAGAUCGUUGAAAUAAAUGAACAUUUGGCAAAUCUGUCGUGUAUAAAACAAAUGGAUUUCAGGUUCAAUGGAAAAAAGUAUGAGCACAAUCAGCUCAACUGUUCCUCAAGUAUUUCAAGCUCGAUAAAACCUCAAAAUCGCCCUUGCGCCGGUGGGACUGGUGCUCUUUUCGAUAUUGGAUAUGAAAUCUUGGGAAUACCAUUUGUUAAACUUUUUAUCUCAUGCUACAGCUUAGAGAAAGCUUCGGUUAUUUAUACUGAACAUGACAUCCUUGGGCAUUCCAUCGAUAUUGCGCAAAUCAGUAACGAUCGUCCGGCGUUCAGGGUUGGCGGAUUGAGCAGCAAGGUCAAAUUUUCUUCAGUCUACACCCAGAACUCUCAACGGACCCGAUUAGCGGAGCUGUUAGGGUCAGAAGCUGAAGCACGGAAGUAUAUUUCGUCCUCUUCGUUCUUCGCAAAAGGCCAUCUUACUCCAGACGGGGACGCAGUUUUAGAUACCUGGGCUGCAGCAACAUAUUUUUAUAUAAACGCAGCUCCCGAAUGGCAGAUAAUCAAUGUUGGAAACUGGAUACGGGUAGAAAAUUCUGCCCGAGCCUUCGCCGCACGGGUAAAUGACACCGUAAAGGUUAUCACCGGAGUAUACGACAUUUUGGUUUUGCCGAGUGUCACUGGUCAGUUGGUUCCGAUAACAUUAUCGGAGAACUCUCAGCUGGAAGUGCCCAAGUGGUUCUGGAAGGUGUUAUACCAUGCCAACUCGGCUGUGGCGUUCGUGACGUUGAACAAUCCUUACGCUCAGCGGGGCGAGUAUCUCUGUCAGGAUGUUUGUGACCGUUUCGGAUGGAGCCACAAGGAGUUUGCCGAUUUGGUGAAAGGAUUCACCUACUGCUGCAGUGUACCGGAGCUUCGCAAAGUAAUCAAGUUCAUUCCGACGAAAGUAGACACUCCCAACAUUCUUCGUUUUAAUUAAAUUGUUUUCCUCUCCAUGAGCUCUAUGUGUCUCGCAGAAGAUACCGCUCGAAUGUGCAAAUAAUGUGCGAUACGAUUGAACGAUUGAAUAAAAACCAAAGUCAAUGAUUGCACCGUGCGGCGAGAAAUAGUCAUUUGCUGGGAAGAUGUAAAUAUUUAUAUUUGCUGUAAAUUGUUUUAUAAUUUUCAGCAUUAACUAAAAUGUCUAUGCUCUAACAUAAGCAAUGUUACUUCAAAACAAUAGUCUGGGUUAGCCAUCAAUGCUUUACCAAAUUACCAGCCAAAUAAAAUAUAAGUUAAAAGCAAACUCACGGGCGCAACUAAGGAAAAUUCCUUGGUGAAAAUAAUCUAAGAGAAGGUUUAGAAACGCAUUUUGUAAUAGUACUUACCAAAUAAAUUAUGACAUCUCAA